AUGCUGACGUCAUUCAAUGCUCAAACGUCUAGGUUAAAUUCAUCAAAAAUAAAUCAACAAAAAAGUUCAGUUGCUGAAUGGUGUGAACCUUUUCCAGUUUUUUGCUCUUCUCAACAUAACAGAAAUUUGCACAACAACAGUCAUUCCAUUCUUAGCACAGCAAGUAGAUUAAGAAGGAAGUUUGUUCUUUCAAACUUUUGCAAUACAUCAUCGUUUAUAAGUAAAGCUUCGGAUAGACAUGUGAAAAUGAUGAUUGAAAAUCGUCUGGCAACAUGA